AUGCGGCAAGUAAAAUGGCAUCAGUCUGCUUAUUGGAUCCGAUCAAGUUUGAAAGCUGAUCUCGGCGAAAUUCGCCGCUACGGGAAGCAGGAAGAGCUCGUUGCCAUCGAAACGAUAUUCGGAUGGACGUUCCAAGGCCCAAGCCAAGUGAAAGCUCUCGUCGCGCAACAAGCAGACAGCCUCAUAUGCGUGCUGAGAACAAACGUGAACUGCGUGCUCCUGCACGAUGAAGAAAUAAGGCAGAUGUGGGAAAUCGAAAAUACAGGCAUCAACGAAGGCGCCCCACCGACGGCAUUGAGGAGUAACGUGCUAGCAGAGUUCCAGCGCACUGUAAAGAUGGCAAACGACAGUUAUGAGGUGCGCCUCCCAUGGAACAACGUCGACGUCCCACUGCACGGUAACCGUGCUGUCGCAGAAAGGAGACUGAAUCGAAUGCUGAAACGGCUCGCCGUGAACGACGCCUUGGUAAGAGAAUACGACAAGAACAUUCGCGCGUAUUUGUUGAACGACCACGCGGAACCAGUACCUAUCUCAGAGGCAAAGACACCGGUACGCAUCUACUACAUGCCUCAUCGUGAGGUCAUCCGUCCCGAGUCUACGAUUACGAAAAUGCGGGUCGUGUUCGAUGCUUUAUCGCAUUCUAGCAACUGUGCUUCGCUCAACGAUCACUUGGAAAAAGAGCCGAAGGUUCAACCUGACUUGUUAGAUACGCUACUCCGUUUCAGAACGCAUCCGGUUGGAAUCACUGCAGACAUCGAAAAAGCGUUUCUGCAAAUAAGUGUGGACGAACGCGACAGAGAUGCGUUAGGUUUUUUGUGGUUUGAUCGGGUGCCACUUCGAAAAACCAUUACAUACAGCGCCAAAAUGGUGGAAUGA